CCAUCGCGACUGCCAGAUGACGCCUCUUAAGUCUUUUUGCCGGCGACAUACACGAGGACGAGGCGUCGGUUAAUGAACCGGUUGUCCAUGAUCGGAUCCGAAAGUAAAGCUGGGAAUGUGGCACACAUGAGAGACAAGAAUUGGAGCAAGAAUUUUGACAGCGGUCGGUUGACCGAUCACGUUCCCUCGCGCGACGGGAAGGAGGAAGUGUCCACCUUCGCUCACGCUCCUUUUAUCUCCCUAGGCCUAUUCUCUUUUCCAUGUCAACGAUACGCGCGCUCCUGCCAAGGCCAGCAGUGAGCUACGCCCCCCGCGUUAUUGCCGUCGUCGGAGGAUUAUCAUUGUGUACCGAGCGUUAUCCGUGCCCUUGCACCGAGAUUUCGGCAGCAAGAGCAAGGAUCGUCGACAUCGGUAUCGAACGUCGGGAGUCGAGGAGGCGAAGAGGGAGAAGAAGGAGGACGUGCGAUCGUGUCAACGUUGCUCUUGCCAGACUGAGAUGAGCGACCAUGGUUGCAUACAUUUGAAUAAUUUCAAAGCAGCCAAAGGUAUCCAGCCGUACAAAGUGAUACACUCGUAUUUUGUGACUAGUACGUCGACCGAGGCACGCGUCAGGAAGGCGGUGAGCUGUUUAUGUCAUAUAUGUAAAACAUACAAGGAUCGUCUACAUUCUUGUCUUCAUUGUAUAUUUUUUGGCUGCUAUAUAAAAGGUCACAUACAAGAGCAUGCAAAAACAAAGAAACAUUUUUUAGCUGUUGAUCUAUGUUAUGGAAAUAUCUUGUGCUUCCAAUGCGGCGAUUAUGUAUAUGACAGAGAGUUGUUAGCAGUGGCAAAAGUACAAUGGAGCGAGUCAGCAAAAUCCUUGAGCUUCGGGGAGUUUUACCGGGCAUGGGAACCUACACAAAUGGAGGCAGAGUUGCUCAGAAAACACCCGCGCCGAAGACGUGUCGUGGAAAAUACCACUAUAGGUUUAAGGGGAUUAAUCAAUCUCGGACAAACCUGUUUUAUGAACUGCAUUGUACAAGUGCUGAUUCAUACUCCCUUGUUACGAGAUUACUUCCUUGCUGACCGUCAUCACUGCCCACAACCAAGUCGCUGUCUGGUCUGCGAAGUAUCCCAUUUAUUCCAAGAAUUUUAUUCAGGAAAUAAAGCUCCACUGACACUUCACAAACUUCUUCAUCUGAUUUGGACACACGUGAAACAUCUGGCGGGUUAUGAACAACAAGAUGCCCAUGAAUUUUUUAUUGCUACACUGGAUGUUCUUCAUAGACAUUGUGAAGCUGCUCCAAUAUUAGUCAAAGACAAUCCCCAUCAUUGCAAUUGCAUCAUUGAUCAGAUAUUUACUGGAGGCCUUCAAAGCGAUGUUGUUUGUCAAGUUUGCAAUGGAGUGUCUACCACAAUAGAUCCAUUUUGGGACAUAUCUUUGGAUUUAGGUCCUGCUGCUGAUACCUCUGGUUCUGAUACGUCCAGACUUCCUACUUCUUUGCUGGAUUGUUUGGAAAGAUUCACUAGAGCCGAGCAUUUGGGUUCUACCGUGAAGAUCAAAUGUAGUAAUUGUGAAACUUAUCAAGAAAGUACAAAACAGUUAACAAUGAAGCAGCUGCCAAUUGUGGCCAGUUUCCAUUUAAAACGUUUUGAACAUUCGAGCAUACAGGAUAAAAUAUGUAAAAAGGAAAAGAUUUCCACAUUUAUCUCUUUCCCAGAACAACUAGACAUGACGCCAUUUAUGUCACACAAGCGCAAUGGUAACAACAAUAGCGCUAUAAUAGAUGGUUUAUCGAAGAACGGAGAAAUUAUGACUUUCAGUGACAAUAGAUACUCUCUGUUUGCCGUGAUAAAUCACAAAGGUUCUUUAGAGACUGGACAUUAUACUGCUUUCAUCAGGCAACAGAGGGAUCAAUGGUUUAAGUGUGAUGAUCAUUUAAUUACGAGAGCUAGGUUGAAGGAUGUUUUGACUAGUGAAGGGUAUCUUUUAUUUUAUCACAAGCAGAUUUUGGAGUAUGGCCGGAAUAAUAAAGUAUGAGACAGAAUUAGAAAGAGUGAGAGAUGGGAAGGAGAAGAUAAAGUAACAAAGCAUUAAAAAUCGUUAUUGAAAUUAAACACUGAAGAUGGUUUACGUUUGCUGGAAAUAAAUUAUUGUCAUCAUCGUUUUUUAAUUUCUGCCAGUGCAUUUUGUGUUCGAUGGGUUAUGCCGACUGACUGCCUAGUCGAAAUCUGUGUGUCCUAAACAUAAUGUAAGCAUAGACAUUAAGAUUAGCUCAAAUUUUUUAAAUUGAUUGAUUGCAAUUUUUGUAUAUCGCUGAUUAUUGUUAUACUCUUGACUUGACACUUAUAUACAUGAUGCGCUGGGGAUAGCCCUCUAAUUGUAAGACAUUUUCCUUAAUUUUUGCACUUCUGCCAGCAGAAUGUUAUAUAUUAUAUCGAUCUCUGAAACGUUCAAUGUACUUGCGAUAUUAUCAUAUUACAUAGGAUUUUUCAAAAAUGUUUUAAUUAAGAAGUUUAUGAUAAUUAAAAUGAUUAUGAAUUUAGUUAUUUUUUCCAAUUUCCAAUAUGAAUACAAUUUUGUACAUAGAAAAGCAAAUAGAUUUUUUUGAUAUUACAAAAAUAAUGUUUUGUUAGAGAAUUUGAUAUUCUAUAUAAGACAACCUGAUAUUUUUUCAUGUAUAUCUACACACACACACUAUAUACACCGAAAUAGUAAUAUAAUUUCUUAAUUACAAUGGCUAUCCCUAGACGACUCAAUUUUGUGUACAGAUAAAAUAACAUAUAGUGAAUAUAAUAAUAUUGUCUAUAAUUCAAGACGAAUUCUUGCUGGACUUCGUUUAAUAAAAAUCUUUGUUCAACACAG